AUGGCAGCUAAGUUGAUCAUCUUCGCCGCAUGCGUGGUUUCAGCCAUCGCCCAAUACCCCGCCCCAGCCUACAAGCCCGCUUACCCUGCCGCUUACCCAGCACCCGCUUACUCGGCACCAAAGGCUUACGCCCCAGAGCCCGCCUACGCACCGGCCCCAUACAACUUCGAGUACAGCGUCAACGACCCGUCCACAUACGACGUCAAGAGCCAGUCCGAAUACAGCGACGGCAACGGCAACGUCAAGGGAUCGUACAGCCUCGUUGAAGCCGACGGCUCCACCCGCGUCGUAGAGUACACCGCCGAUGACUACAACGGUUUCAACGCCGAGGUCAAGAAAAUCGAAGGAGGUUACAAGGCCCCAUACAGCGCCCCGGCCCCAGCCUACAAAGCCGCCCCAGCCUACAAGCCCGCAUACGCCGCACCAGCCUACCCAGCACCCGCCGCAUACCCAGCACCCGCUUACUCCGCACCGGCCUACAAGCCAGCUCCAUACAAGGCAUACUAA